CAUGGCCUGCAGCCUGAAAGACGAGCUGCUCUGCUCCAUCUGCCUGAGCAUCUACCAGGACCCGGUGAGCUUCGGCUGCGAGCACUACUUCUGCCGGAAAUGCAUCACGGAGCACUGGGUCCGGCAGGAGCAGCAGGGCGCCCGCGACUGCCCCGAGUGCCGCCGCACCUUCGCCGAGCCGACGCUGGCGCCGAGCCUCAAGCUCGCCAACAUCGUGGAGCGCUACGCGGCCUUCCCGCUGGACGCCAUCCUGAGCGCGCGGCGCAGCUCCGCGCCCUGCAAGGACCACGAGAAGGUGAAGCUCUUCUGCCUGACGGACCGCGCCGUGGUCUGCUUCUUCUGCGACGAGCCCGCCGUGCACGAGCAGCACCAGGUCACCAACGUGGACGACGCCUUCGAGGAGCUGCAGAGAGAACUGAAGGAGCAGCUCCAGGCACUGCAGGACAGCGAGCGCGGCCAUGCUGAGGCCCUGCACCUGCUCAGACGCCAGCUAGCUGAGACCAAGUCCUCCGCCAAGAGCCUGCGGGCCACCAUCGGGGAGGCCUUUGAGCGGCUGCACCGGCUCCUGCGCGAGCGCCAGAAGGCCAUGCUGGAGGAGCUGGAGGCUGACACCGCCAGGACUCUGACUGACAUCGAGCAGAAGAUCCAGCGCUACAGCCAGCAGCUGCGCAAAGUGCAGGAGGGCAGCCAGAUCCUGCAGGAGCGGCUGGCUGAGGUGGACAGGCACGCCUUCCUGGCAGGCAUCGCCUCGCUCUCAGAGAGGCUCAAGGGAAAGAUCCAUGAAACGAACCUCACCUAUGAAGACUUUCCUACCUCCAAAUACAUGGGCCCCCUGCAGUACACGAUCUGGAAAUCUCUCUUCCAGGACAUCCAUCCGGUGCCAGCAGCCCUCACACUGGACCCUGUCACAGCUCACCAGCGCCUCAUCCUCUCAGAUGACUGCACCAUCGUGGCUUAUGGCAACUUGCACCCGCAGCCGUUGCAGGAUUCACCCAAGCGCUUUGACGUGGAGGUGUCGGUGCUGGGCUCAGAGGCCUUCGGCAGUGGCGUGCACUACUGGGAGGUCAUCGUCUCGGAGAAGACCCAGUGGAUGAUCGGGCUGGCGCAUGAGGCUGUCACCCGGAAGGGGAGCAUUCAGAUCCAGCCCAGCCGUGGCUUUUACUGCAUCGUCAUGCACGACGGCAACCAGUACAGCGCCUGCACCGAGCCCUGGACCCGGCUCAACGUUAAGAGCAAGCUGGAGAAAGUAGGUGUCUUCUUGGACUAUGACAAAGGGCUCCUGAUCUUCUACAACGCUGAUGACAUGUCGUGGUUGUACACCUUCCGGGAGAAGUUCCCUGGCAAGCUUUGCUCGUACUUUAGUCCUGGCCAGAGCCAUGCCAAUGGCAAGAACGUGCAGCCACUCCGCAUAAACACCGUCCGGAUCUAGGAGAGAGCAGGGAAGGGAGCCUGGAGCCGUACAACCUCCUCCUGGCUGGCAGGCUAGUCGAGAGUCCCUGCUGAGACAGUUCCCACCUACCCCUUCCUGCGGGGCAUAAGGAGACUGUCAAGCUUCGGGGCUGUGCCGUUCCUAGCUCUGACCUCCUGACAGUAUCCGCGUGUGGGAAGGUGCAGGGCUGGGGCAGGGGGGUUGUGGGGAUGGAGGGAGGCCGUGGAACUGUUGGUAUUUCAGUGUGCAAGGAUGCAGCAUUCCUGCCUCCCAGUUGGCGUCAGUUUCCAGACUAACCCAAGGAUCCAGGCUAAGUGUGGACAUACAGCUGGCUAUCCCUGGCAUGAUCCCAGCAUCGCCAUGGCCACUCCGCCAGGAUGGAUGCAGACUGGACCCUGUGCUGUUGGAGCUUCCUGCUGGCAUGGAGCAGAGAGCAGGGCACCUUGCAGAGCUGUUGCUGAACUGCUGUGUGGGAUCUCAGCUCACCUCUGAGCUCCCUGCUGGGUUUGCUCCUGAGGACAGAGCAUGAACUAUCCUCCACAGGGCUAGUGCCCUGGCAGCAUCUGCUCUUAGUAUGGGUUACAUUGGUAUUCAGGGGCCCAAGGGUCAUUAAUGAUCUGGAGGAUGGCGUGGACUGCACCCUCAACAAGUUUGCAGAUGACACUAAACUGG